AGGUCAGUCUGAUUCGAGUGAGGGACACAACUGUAGUAACAUUUAGACAAGCCUUAUGGAUUGGUUUAGUUUAGUACUUAAUAAUGCUUUUAGAAUGCAGCCAUACUAUUUAGAACGCUAUGUGAAUAUAUAGGAAUAGCUAAAGAAUCUCAUCUCAGCUUGGUUAUUCUACAUUUAGUGCCCAUCGGAUCUUGUGCAUCAAUCGUCAUCAUAUAGUACUACUGAGUACAGCUACCAAAGCAGUGGUACAGUCCACACCAACUGAUCAACUUAAGAAUUGGCACAUUGAUGCAUGUCAUAGUGGUCCUCUAAGCAGUCUAUUAGUGGUGGAAUUCCAGGGUAAGCCCCAGUGGACUCUACAGCCUUUGUCACUCGCGGAGCUGAGAGCCAUCUGCGGAGCACUAUCAGCCAACAUGCAGGAGGCGUCCUCUUCUAACCCGGUAUCGGAUAGCAUCCCGGAUGGUGUUGUCACGGCAUCAGCGCCUUCCACACCAAGUCUUGAUCGGGUACCAUACUCAGAUUCCCCAGUUCUAGACUCCAAGAGUCUUCUUGCUCAAAGUGCAUUAUACCAUGAAGAACUUUCUAGAUGCGGACGUCUUCUCAACUUCCCCGAGGAGGUAGCCCUCAUCCUAACACAGACAGAAUUCAAGCUCUUCAAUGAGGUUCCACCGGCAAGCUAUGUCCGCCAUAUCGGUCACAUGACCUUACCGUUGCCCGAUAAUUCAGCACAGCAGAGAAAGUCUGUUAGGGACCUAGAUAUCAGGUUUCAUGAGGUUAGUAAUUGGGUGAGAGACAUAAUUUUGGGUGUGGAAGAUCAAGAAGGUAAAGUUAGGAAUGUACUCAGCUUUAUUCAAGUGGCCAAUUCAAGUUGGAACCUUGGUAACUUCAAUACAGUCAUGGAGAUCUUAGAUGGUAUAAGAUCUGAAAUCCUGAAGCCAGUGUUUGAGAACAUGAAAGACUGUGACAUGCAAGGACUCACUGCCUUACAGUCAGCCAUCAAGUCCAGUGCGACUGAAUACAAGGAGGCUGUAGAUAGAGCACUCAACAUCCCUGGAUGCUCCGUGGUGCCUUAUUAUGGGGCUUUCUUAGAGGAGCUUCAAGUUAUCUGGGAUGAGAAUGUCCCUACCAUGACAAACACUGAUGCAGUCUCGGAGCUUGGUGAUUAUCUAUGGAAUAGUAAUGAGAGAUCGGGAGGUCUGCCAACCUCCAUCCCAGCAACAGGUUUGAUCAACACUGAUAAGAUGUACAGGGCCAAUUGGGUACUUAAUGAUAUAAGACUGUGCCAAGAGAUGGGUAAAGCAAUGAGAUCUGGAGAAGAGGUUGAUGGUACCAUACCUGAAAACAAGUCAACUCAGAGUGAUAGUGAUGCUUCUGAUUUUAGUUUUGUGACAUGUUGUGAGGAUUCCUCCCCCUACGAACCCAUCCAAGCUAUCGCCAACCCAACAGGAAUUGAGAUCAUACCCCAUCAACUCUUUGAUUCUGACCUACAUACACUCCAAUUCAUGCAUCAUGGCUCUUGUGUUUCUCUCUUUGACGAAGACUGCUCAGGGCGCAACGUCCUGAGCUUGAUGAAACUGGAUGUCUGCAAUGCAAUCCUUGUUUGGGCCAAGUCCGUGGAAAGUCCCAGAGAGGAGGAUCUAGACCUUCAUAUGAUCUGUAGCGUCAUGUUGUGCACCAAGUAUCACUCCUCGAACCUUGCCAACACGAGUAGUUUAGAUGGAGGCUACCUUGAUCUCUCCUAUGCAAAGUCAAUCUCGAUCAAGACAGGGAGCAGCAUAGAAUCGGCAGCCUCCAGCACGGGUACCUCUGCGACGGUAUCACCCCGGAAGACGGACGCCCCCAUGACGCUUACCCCAUCUAGUAAGGAAGAAUUGAGUUGUAUCAGUAUUGUAUAUGGUACAGGAAUCACUGACAACAGAGUACUGUCUUUUUGCGUGCCGUCCUUGACGGCAUCUAUGUGGCACCAAGGGUUGAGUAUGGUGAUCAGAGCGUCCCAAGCAUUACAUAAGUUUGCAAUGGACAAGAGACUGCAGAAGCUACAGAGAGAGUAUAUGAAUCUGUUCUUUGAGGCAGCUAGGUGCGCUGGACCAACACCAUUGGAAGCUGUCAAGGUGUUUGGUGGUAAGAAUGCUGCAAUGAAGAAACUAUCAACAGAAAGACAGAGUAGUACAGAUACAGAGACGAAGAAUGUCAGCCUGGAUAGACUCAUGAUCCAGACCCCAAUGAGAAUAAUGCUACGGAGGAAAUCUUCAACUAAGAGCAUCGAAACGCCAGGUUCACCUUUGGGCAGACGAUCGCGGAAGAGUCUUCGGAGCAAGAGUCGCAAGAAGGUGCACCAGCGUGCCUAUACCAUUGAUGUCUCAACGUUGUCACUAGGGGGCAGUAUGCAAGAUGGUGAUACCAAUAGUUUUGUUGGCGGUCAGACAAUGGAAGUGAACGAGAAUGGGAUGGUGAAAACCACUCCUAUGGUUGAUGUGUCAGUCAGCAAUGAUGAGACAUUGCUGUCUGUAACCCCUACCAACGACGAUCCUCAAAUGCCUUCUGAACAUGAUAUAUUUGGUAGGAAACGGAGCAGUUCAUCUAUCGGUUGCGACGGUCAGAGGUCCCUAACAAUGAACAGUAAUUUGUCUUUCAUAGAAUUUGUUGAGCUGUUCAAAUCGUUUAGUGUGUGUUCAAGAAAGGAAUUGAAGGAUAUUUUUGAUACCUACGCUCUGCCUUACAAUGCCAACAAAGAUGCCUCAAGAGACAAGCAACCAGAACUAUAUUACCAUGGUAACCGAUCUGUUAGUCAGGUGGAAGAAACUAGCUUUAUAGGAGUUGGAGUCAUCAGCCUGACACGGAACUCCUUCCCACCGCUGGUGCCGGAUUCAACGCGCAGAGUGACUAAUGCCAUCGCGGCUGCUAGUGUACAGACCAAUAGCUCCGGUACGCAGUCAGUUACAUCACAUGUAAUCACACAAGAAAGAUUCAAACAGUUUCUUAGCUCCAAGCAGGGUAUGGACCUCAAUGAUGAGGAAGUUAGUGAACUUAUACAGCGGCAUGAACCCUCACUGACCAUUAGAGAACAAGAGUGCCUGACCUUUGAGGGAUUUGCCCGCUACUUAAUGGACCAAGAUAACUAUGCAUUCCAGUAUGAACAACUCUUUGUAUGUAAACAGGAUCUCAAUCACCCAUUGUCUCACUACUACAUUGCCUCUUCUCACAAUACAUACCUCACUGGUCAUCAACUAAGAGGGGAAUCAUCAGUAGAACUAUACUCACAGGUUUUAUUGACUGGUUGUCGAUGUGUUGAAUUGGAUUGUUGGGAUGGAGAUGAUGGGUCACCGGUCAUAUACCACGGGCAUACACUCACAUCAAAAAUCAGUUUCAAGGAAGUGGUAGAAGCCAUCAACCGAUCAGCAUUUAUUGCAAGUGAUUAUCCUAUCAUUCUAUCUGUUGAGAAUCAUUGUUCUUUACAACAACAAACCAAGAUGGCUCAGAUCUUCACAGAAGUGUUUGGUGAGAAGUUGGUGAAUAAGUUCUUGUUUGAGUCUGAUUUCAGUAAUAACCCAAGACUACCAAGCCCAGAACAACUCAAACAUAAGAUACUCAUCAAGAACAAGAAGCUCAAGGCUCACCAAGCACCGGUGGAUCUACUGAAACAUAGGGUAAUGCAGUUAGUGAGUGAGCAUAAGAGUUCUAAGGUUGAUCUGUUAGGCUCAGCAGCAAACUCAGUAUCUAUGGGUGAUAUAUCGGAAGAAGAAGAUGAUGAUUUCUUUGAAGAUGCAUAUGAAGAGGUUUUACCAGUAGAUGAUAACAUUCCGGAGACCCAAGUGGAGUUCUCUAAACCCCCUCUUGGACGCCUUGCAUCUACUCAAUCAGAAGGCUCGGAAUCCCCACCCGUGCCUGAUGAAACCAAAGCAGGCUACAAGGGAUCAAUGGCUAAUGGCAAACAUAAGAGAAGUGGUAGUGGCACCCAGAUCAUCCCCCUCACUGGAACAGAGCGUAGCUAUGGCGAUGACUUCUACAAGAUGGCACAGGUCAAACACAAGAAGAAGAAAGAAACGAGUCAGAUAGCUCCAGAGUUGUCUGAUCUAGUCAUCUACACCCAAGCAGUCAAGUUUCCUGGGUUUAGCAGUACUACAGAACAGACUGUCGGGACACCCAGAGAGGUUAAACAGCUAGGCCGCCGUAGUAACCGUUCUAGCACACAAACCAGUGCUUCUAACAGCCCUGUACCAAUAGCGAAGGACAACUCAAAGAGUUCCGAGGAGAGUCCUCAAGUGAAUGGGUCUCCCGAUGAGAGAAAGCUACAGCAUUCUGCCAUGUUAUCUCAAUCUCAGCAAGGUCUGGUAGCAGAGAAGCUAACAGCUUACAUCCAAACACCAAAGUGCUUCCAUAUAUCAUCCGUCAAUGAGAGUAAUCUCAAGAGGAUGUCCAGGAAGUACUUCUCAAAAUUUGUGGAGCAUACUGAAUAUCAGUUGAUGAGGACCUAUCCAGCAGGAAUGCGGAUUGACUCUUCUAAUUAUAACCCGGUCAUCUAUUGGUCAUUUGGAGUUCAGCUCGUAGCUCUCAAUUAUCAAACUGACGAUCCCAGCCUUCAGACGUACUCUUCCAUGUUUGAAAGGACAGGUAACAGUGGCUAUGUUCUCAAGCCUACGAUACUAUGGGACAAGAGCCAUCCGGCAUUCAACCGAUUCAAUGUGUACAAUAAAUCAUUUGACGGCAUGCCCAUCAAAGAACUCACAAUACAGAUUGUGUCUGGACAGUUCCUGAGCCUUACCAAUCCUCUUGGCAGUGUUUACGUGGAGGUUGAAGUGAUUGGUGUCCCUGCAGAUUGUUCCAAGUGGAAAACAAAGGUUGCUUCAAGAAACAGCAUCAAUCCUAUAUGGGAGGAAACAUUUACAUUCCAAGUGUCCUUUGAAGAGUUAGCGUUUGUCCGUUUCACGGUCGUAGACAGUAACAGUUCUAGUACCCUGGCCCAAAGGAGUGUUCCCUUGGUACAUCUUAGACAAGGAUACAGACACCUUAGGUUGCGAUCGUCUCAGAACGUGGCCCUUGAGAUAACAACCCUCUUCAUCCAUUCUCAUCUGGAAGAGAUUCAAGAUGUAGCAACUGAAGCUAUCAAUGAAUCAAGAAGGAAGAGACAGAUGCUAUCUAAUAUGCUCUAUUAUCAUAUAGGCAAGGAUUCGGAUGUCAAGAUGGAAUUCAAGGAGAUGGUUGAUGGUUCUGAGGUGAAGAGAAGAGCGUUUCCUCUGACUGUGUUUGGAGUCUUAGAUGGAGAGGAUAGCACAACCUUGAAAGCAACGCAAGAGACAAAAGCUCAUGAGAUAGUUGCACAGGCCAUGGGUCGAGCAGACCGCCCUCUUGAGUCCAUGCAUGACUAUCUCUUGGUGGAGGAGGUUCAAGAGACUUGGGAUGAUGAAACGGAAGGAAGAACUGAUGAACGAGUAUUAGAAGGAGAUGAGAGAGUUAUGGAAGCGCAGGCCAGCUGGACAGGAAAAGGAAGAUUUCUCUUGAAGCAUCUGCCACAGGAAGCUCAAUCACCACAGUCAGCUUACGACCUACUGAGAACACCCCGUUCCUUGUUUUACAGAAUGUACCGGAGGCAUCGUUCUGAUGAAUGGACAUCAAUGGAUAGCGAUGGGAGUGAUAAGACAUUCUUGGUUUGGGUUUACAACGUCUCUCAGGAUCAGCCCUAUACGGUCUUCAGAGCUCUUACAAGCAGUACAGCACAGGAUAUCAUAGCUCAGGCUAUGGCCAAGGCUCACAGACUUGACGCCAAUCCUUCCAGCUUCGUACUUGUUGAAGAUGUGUACAAGGAAUGGAGGAACCCCGACACCAGCACAGCUAAGAAGAACAUUGCUGAGAAGGUUACAAGCAGGGUUUUAGAUGAUGAAGAGAACGUUGCUGACAUUCAGGCUCAAUGGAAAACACCAGGAAGGUUCUCCUUGAGAGAAAGAGAUGAGGUGCAGGGAAGAGGAAGCAGUGGUACCUUUAAGAGGAUUAAGAAGAAAUCAAGCAGCAGUAAACCACCAUCAUCAAGCCAAAGUGCAGCAUCAUCAAAGUUGAAGAAUCAGACAUUGCCUCGGAACUUCAAGCCUGAUGAAAAGAAAAUGGAAUCGAUGCAAGCCGAGAAGGAACCUCCUCCCAAACCAGCUUCCCUCCGAAGUCGAAUCAAACUUUGGAAGACGUGAUGGAAUUAUUGUUUUAUUUUUUUACGUGAAUCAUCUAGUAGGAGGGAGUAUCAUCAUGGCACCAGGGACCCCGAUUCAUAAAACCUUUAGUAAUAACAAAUUUGCAGUAGCAGUUUUAAGCUGCUAUAACCAUUUGAUCUGAUUGGCCGAUUGCAAACUUUCUAAAGAAAUAGGGCAUUUGUUAUUCUAAUGAGUAUUUAUGAAACGGGACCCAAAGUCAGUAACCCUAAUUUGUAAGAGGGCAAAUGCUGACUAAUAUGAGUUAUGAUGUUGAUGAUGAACUGCUGUCAUUUAAGAGAGGGAGAAUCAACAUCAUUCUAAUAACAGGUGUCUAAGACGUCUGUUUAGGGAAAGCAAAUCUUUGAUUGUCUGAAAGUAUUCAAGUGUAUUCAUGCCAAAGUCAUUUAUUAAUUGCUAUCUGAUAGCACCUGAUGUUCAUGUGUCCAAGGAUAAUUUUUCCUGACUUUAUCAUGUUCUUUCUAUUUCAGAUGGAUAUUAGAUUAUUAUAGUUGUAUUAAGACUUUUUAGAAAGGUCUUGUCUUGAGCGUUGGGAUGCGUAGAAGGUAUGCACUGCUGUUCACGCUAUGGGCUGGUUCUCAUAAGCAUCCAUGCUCACUUUACUGGGUAGGUUAACCCAAUCAGAUCACAUUACUAUGUAAUGUAUUACUCAUUCUGUACUUAUACAAGUACAUUGACGCUUUAUGAUUUUAAAUUACUCUGUUUUGAGACACUGUGCUUGCAAUUAUUUGAAUUAUUGUAAAUGUUCUGUUUAUUUUUCUCACCUUUAAAUGUCAUGUACUUGACCCGUGUCACCGUUGAUAUUGUUUUUAUAAGAAAUGAGCAUUAUGUGUCAUAUAUGACUGAAUAUGUGUUAACAUCUAUUCAUUUCUUCAAUUCGCUUUUUUAAAGUAGAUCUAGCAAGCAAUGUAAGUUGGUCCAUGACUCAGUACUCGGCAGUGGUUAUACUUUGCAUAGUAUACUGUACUGAGAUAAAGUAUUCCAUUGCUAUCAUUCACAUCAUAACAAAAUCACUUGACCAAGGUAGUAUCCAGUCAGAUACUCUUGAUAAAAAAUGUAGAUGUACACGUAAAAUAUUCAAUAAUUUCAUGGUUAAAAGAAUGGCUCUAAUGCCUCUUGUAUAAGACAUUCGUUUUACUAUUUGACCCCGAUGCUUCCAUGAUACUGUAGUACAGUGCCGUGGAUUCAUCAGGGUUUGAAACUACAACUUCCUUUGAAACCAAUAUAAGACUUUGUUGAUUAUUUGUUCUGAUCAAUUCAAUAUAACACUGUUUUUAAGGGUUUUAUUAUUCUUUUCUAUCAUAUGACUCUGCAGAAUUUUUGCACAAAGGCAUGAUGAAAACACAUAAAACUCCAUUUGCUUGAUGAUAUUAAUAUAGAAAUGUCUUAUAUAUAUCUUCAAGAGCCCCCAAACAAGUAUUUUUGUUGAGAUUUUCUCUGGAGGAUUCAGUAGAAUAGUUUCUCAUCCAGUUUUUUAUACGUUUUUUACAAGUUUGCUUCGACAAACGAAAAAGAAAAACAAUUUUUUUUUACUUAUUAAAGGACUGCACAAAGACCACGACCUAUUUAUAUACUAUAAUUCUUCCAUCAUUACACCCUCCUUGAAAAUCUAAUCAAGUACAGACAGGUUGCAUUACAAUUUUCAACUG